GCUAGAGUCGACUGGUUGCAGUGAAGCACUGAAAAUAUGUACAGAUCCAAUGAUUGUAGUGAUGAGUGAUGAAAGAUUCUACAGAUCUUAAUCAAGUGAUGAAAGAUGUAGAUCUAGUCUACACAAUGUAGUGAAGAGAGAUUUAUUUGUCAAUGGAUUGUAUAUAAGUGAUGUAUACCAUACAACAGAUUGUAGUCAAGUGUAGUCAAGUUUAUAGUGAUGAAGUGAUGACAAGUGCAGCAGUGAUACUGGAGCGUGCUGUAUGUGGUGAUGAAGUGAUGAAACAUACAGAAUUGUGUUCUAACUAGGGUGUUAUUAAAGCGUAUAUCCCGGCCGAGAUGCUGGUUUGCUAGUAUACUAUAGUGUAGAUAGUGAGUUACCUACACUGGAGGUAGACGAGUGCAGAUGUGUGCAUGACUUAUCUCAGCAUGUGGCCUGUACACGGCUUGUCUCUACGUGGCAUUUUCCUGUACAUGGCUUGUAUGUGAAACGAGUCACAUCCCUGUUCGCGGCUUGUUUCUGUCUAUGGCCUGUCAUUGUGGCUGGCUUGUUCCUGUACAUGGCUUGUCUCUACAUGGCUUGUCCCUGUACAUGGCUUGUCCCUGCAUGGCUUGUUCCUGUACAUGGCUUGUCCCUGUACAUGGCUUGUUCCUGUACAUGGCUUGUCUCUACAUUGCUUGUCCCUGUACAUGGCUUAUCUCUACAUGGCUUGUCCCUGUACAUGGCUUGCCUCUACAUGGCUUGUCUCUACAUGGCUUGUCCCUGUACAUGGCCUGUCUGUACAUGGCUUGUUCCUGUACAUGGCUUGUCUCUACAUGGCUUGUCCCUGUACAUGGCUUGUCUCUACAUGGCUUGUCUCUGUACAUGGCUUGUCUCUACAUGGAUUGUCCCUGUACAUGGCUUGUCUCUACAUGGCUUGUCCUUGUACAUGGCUUGUCCCUGUACAUGGCUUGUCUCUACAUGGCUUGUCCCUGUACAUGGCUUGUCUCUACAUGGCUUGUCCCUGUACAUGGCUUGUCUCUACAUGGCUUGUCCCUGUACAUGGCUUGUCUCUACAUGGCUUGUCCCUGUACAUGGCUUGUCUCUAGAUGGCUUGUCCCUGUACAUGGCUUGUCUCUACAUGGCUUGUCUCUACAUGGCUUGUCUCUACAUGGCUUGUCUCUGUACAUGGCUUGUCUCUACAUGGCUUGUCCCUGUACAUGGCUUGUCUCUACAUGGCUUGUCCCUGUACAUGGCUUGUCUCUGUACAUGGCUUGUCUCUACAUGGCUUGUCCCUGUACAUGGCCUGUGUGUUUAGCUUAUGUCUGUCAUGCUUGGCGGCUGGACGUAGUUAACUUGUGCAGACAGUGUUCAACCUCACAGAGAUUUAAUCCAGGUGCUUUGAUUCAGUCCCUCGGUAGAGUCCCGAUCUUUUCACUUCUGGCACCAUUAUUUUGGCAUUCCUGACCAAUUCCUCCAUCAAUACAUAAUUUACAAUUAGUUUUAACAAAACAUCAUCAGUAACUCAGCCCAGUUAUUUGCCCCAAUAUAUGCUUUGUACCUUAUACAGUCAAACAUUGUUGAAGUUGAAGGGACAUACGGAAAUACCUAUCCAAGGUUCUGCACAACUGAAAGUUUAGAUGAUUAAAUAAGGAAUAAAAUAGAAUAAUACUUGUCUUUUCAGGACUUUGUGUUACAUCAACAGAGCUACUGACACAUCAGAAAGAUACAAAACAUAUUUACCGUAUACCAUGGAUAAGACGACCCCCAAACUUGAUCCUUAAAAUCAGUGUCAAA